CAGAGGAUAAGGCCACAGGCAGCGGUUUCACUGUAGGGCAUUCCCAGGAUUCGUCACGCAGCAUCACGCUCUACCUGUCCAACAGGUGAGGCCAGCUCACGCACAGCAGAGGGAGAAGGCUUCAAAACCGAGCAGGGAGGCCACUCUAGGAGGGGGGGUGCGGGAGCAUUCAUGGUCAUCUAUGGGUGAGUGUCUACGGAAAGCUUGCCCAUGUCUGGAAACACUAUGGCAGAGGAUUUUCAGCGACAAGAAGCCUCCUCCUGGAGCAGAAGGAGGAGGAGGAGGGGGAGGAGGGAGUAGUGGUGGGGAAGGAGGAGGGGGGGGGAGCAGUAUGGACGGUACCGGAGGGGUUAGCGGCAGCAUCAGUGACGGUACCGGAGGGUCGAGCCCACCGAGCCAGGCCCCGCAGGUGAAGGGGUCCGAGAGCGGCUCCAUGUUCCGGGCGCUGUGGUCGUUUGAGUCUCGGCACCCGGACGAGCUGUCGUUCCAGGAGGGGGAUCUGUUCAGCGUCAUCAGCCGCACGGGGGACUGGUGGACCGCGCGCAGGAUCGAUAAGAACGGGCGCGUGCUCGACACCGGGGUCGUGCCCAAAAACUACCUGGACCGGGCCGAGUCUCUGCAAACGCAACCGUGGUUUUUCGGGACAAUGAACCGCAUUGAGGCUCAGAGCCACCUGAUGGGAACAGGAAAUGACUCGGGAGCUUUCCUCAUCCGACACAGCGAGAAAGACCACGUGGGAUAUGUUCUGUCAGAGCAACAGCACAACCGUAACCACAGAAAAUUGAAAGUGAGCGUUCGGGUGAAGCACUUCAAGGUGCACACAGCAAACGAGACUAAUUUCUACAUAGAGCACAACCUCCAGGUCACCUCCCUGAUCGACUUGGUGGAGCACUACUGCGCCAACGACCUGACCAACACCGGCACGCUGGGAAACCCCUGCAAGAGGAAAAAGCCUCCUACCACAGAUCUGAGUCACUUUACGGUGGACGAGUGGGAGCUCCCGAAAGACGAGUUCACGCUGUUGGAGGAGCUGGGCAGCGGAUACUUCGCUGACGUCUACCGGGGGCGCUGGAAAAACCACAUCAAUGUCGCCAUCAAGAUCCUCAAAAGUGACUCUGAGUUGAACCACCGUGAGUUUCAGAGGGAAGUGCAGAUCCUGAAAAGCCUCCGCCAUCGUCACCUCAUCUCUCUGUUUGCCACCUGCACGGCCUCGGCUCCGUACUACAUCAUCACUGAGCUGAUGGAAAAAGGCAGCCUGCUCAACUUCCUCAGAGGUCCAGAGGGGCAUAAUCAAGACCUUGCGGCCCUCAUUGACAUGGGAGCCCAGGUGGCUGAUGGGAUGUCGUACCUGGAGCAAAAGAACAGCAUCCACAGAGAUUUAGCGGCUCGAAAUGUCCUGGUGGGGGAGGACUACAUCUGUAAGGUGGCCGACUUUGGACUGGCCAGAGUGAUCAAGGAGCCUUUCUACAUCACAGAAGACAAAAAGAUUCCCUACAAGUGGAGCGCUCCAGAGGCCAUCAGCCACGGGAAGUUCUCCAACAAGUCGGACGUCUGGUCUUUCGGUGUCCUGCUUUAUGAGAUUAUCACAUAUGGAGGCACUCCUUACCCAGCCUUUAACAACCAGGAAGUUUACGAGCAGGUGUCAAACGGCUACAGGAUGUCGGCGCCGUCCAACUGCCCCAACUUGCUCUAUAAAAUCAUGCUGCAAUGUUGGAGCUUCGAGCCUGAUGACCGGCCGGACUUCAAGACCGUCAAAACCAAACUGGACAGCAGCUUCUACGAGCUGGAGUGAUUCUUCAGGCUUUUACAUGAAAGGACAUUGAUUGUGUGUGUGUGUGUGUGUGUGUGUGUGUGUGUGUGUGUGUGUGUGUGUGUGUGUGUGUGUGUGUGUGUGUGUGUGUGUGUGUGUGUGUGUGUGUGUGUGUGUGUGUGUGUGUGUGUGUGUGUGUGUGUGUGUGUGUGUGUGUGUGUGUGCAAUGUGUAAACCUACAAAGCCUGAUGCAUUUUAUUCAGUCCACAAGGCCUGCAACUAUUAAUUAUUUCCAUCAUUGAAUAAUCUGAUGGUUUUUUUAAAGAGCUGAAACCUUUUCAAAAGAAUAAUUCUAGUCAUUUUUUUAAAGCUAAAAUAAAUCUCUUCAGCUUGUACAGUGUGAGCAUUUGAUUUUUUUAUCUAGUUGUAUGUAACAAUAUAUUGGAAUAUCUUUAGGUUAUGGUCUACUUGUAGGAUAAAAAAUACAUUCAAUGUGUUCAUUUGGGCUCAAAGGGACUCUAAACUCAGACUGUGUUGCCAACAGUUUACAUUAAUUGGUGCCGGAGGAAAUGAAAGUAGAACAAAUGUCUUCAACUAAUAUUUUGAGUCAUGACAACCUCAAAAGCAGCAGCCUUUAGCAAAAUAAUUUUGCAAGAUCAAAUGUCUCACUUGUUAAACUCUGUAGCUGUCUGCAAUAUAAACCUUUGGCCAGCAAGGGGCAGCGCAGUCACAUCUGAAGAUUGUCUUGCAUUCUUUUCUAAUAAGUGAUGCACAAAUGACUAAAAAUUGCUUUCCUACAGAACAAACCCAUCCAGUAUUUCAACAGUUUCUCUAAAAAAUAACCAAAUAUAUGCUGCUAUAAACUGGAAUUGGAUAAGAAGUCACAUUAAUCUACCUUUGCCGUCUUAAAGUCACUUCUUGCAUCAGUAACAAAUCAGCACUCCUUGAAACAAGCAAUGAGACCAACGAGUCAUUAUUUUAUUCAAAAGAGUUGCUUAAAGUUGUGUUAUAUGAUUGUAUUUCUUCUUCCUUAAUCUUAGGAAGGCUUAUAGGGUUCCUGACCUCCAGGUAAAAACAACUACCAAUAAUAAACUACUUUAUCAACUAUAUUUGAACAUAUUUUUGAUUUAUUGUCCCAUUUUGUAACCAGUUCUUUUAAAUUGUUUUAUCAUCUAUGUUGCUGAUGAAACGCACUGCAACACCUUCACCUUAUUUUUAGAGUCAGACAUGUAACUGAUUCGCUGCAGCAACUGUCUGACUUUGGAGUCUUAUCAAACUCCGGCCUCACAAUGAAAUCUGAUGCCACCACAACGUGACUCACUGCAUAGGGUCCUCUGUAGAGGAUACCUUUUGUAUUGUACCUGUUUUUGUUCCAUUUAAUAUGCAAUGACGUUCUGAAUCUAUAACUAAUGUAAUAAUAAUGACUAAGUAUUGAAAA